UGCUCUCAGCUGCCCAGUGGGACAUGCCCCAGAGCCACUCGGCUGCCUGAAGACCCCAGGAAGGAUGGAGGUGCCAAACACCAAGCUCCAGCGAGCUUCCUGCCUCCUGCUCCUGCUCCUUCUCUGCUCCCUGGCCGCUCCCCGGCAGAGCCUGCCCGACUGCUGCCGGCAGAAGACCUGCUCCUGCCGUGUCUACGACCUCCUGCACGGCAUGGGCAACCACGCUGCUGGUAUCCUCACUCUGGGCAAGAGGAAGAGUGUCCCCCUGGCCUUCCAGAGCCGGCUCUACCGCCUGCUCCAUGGCUCUGGCAACCACGCCGCGGGCAUCCUCACCAUGGGCAAGCGUGGGGAGCACCCUGGCACCGCCUGCCAUGACACAUCGAGCUGCCCUGCAGGCGUGGACACCCAGCCAACGCCAGCACCGCAGGGUGCUGACACCAGCCCUGCCGGCCCCAGGGAGUGCCAGGGACACUCAGGGAAGGACCUGAGCAUUAGCCAGGCCCAGGGAGCAGCAAGGAGCUUUUACUGAGCAGGGUGGGGGCAGUGGGGGCAGAGAGGGGAUCCCUGGGGGGGGAUGGAAUCCUGGGACACGCACCCGGAGCUCGGUGUAAAUAGCACUUUUAGAUACCUCCUCCCUGGCUCAGCCUGCCCAGGGCACCGCGGCCUUUUACAAUAAACGGUAGCCUGAUGUCA